AUGAGCCGCAGAGCAUAAAAAUAAGAUGAAUCUUGUGGAGAGAUAAAAAUUAUCAAAACAGCAUGGAAUACUAAAGAAGAUAAUUUACUCAAAAAAGGAAUCAGAAAUUGUGGUAUGAAUUGGAUAGCAAUUGCUUAAUACGUACCUAAUAGAAAUCCUAAUUAAUGUGCUUAAAGAUGGAAGAGACUUUAAGGAUAAAGGGUAAUUUAUUUAACUUAGAUAUUAGAGUAGAACAAAUUAAUUUUGGAAACCCGAAGAAGAUUAAUUACUAUUAUAGCUUAUAACUCAAUUAGGGAAAUAGUGGUCGAAAAUAGCUUAGAUAUUCAAAAACAGAAGCAGUAAACAAUGCAGAAAUCGAUAUAUUAAUUCUCUCGAUCCAGAGCUAAAAUAAAAUAGCUUCACCUAAGAAGAAGACCAAUUAAUCUAUUAAAAGUAUUUAGAAUUUGGUUCUAAGUGGUCAUAUAUAUCUAAAUUCUUUGAGGGUAGAUCGGUAACGUAAAUAAUUUAUUUUAGGAUAAUUAAAUCAAGAAUAGGUUCUAUAAUAACAUAAGGAGCUAGUACCUUUAGAUUGAGAACCCUUAUUAUUCAAAAUAAACUUAUUAUCAACCAAAAGAGUUACUAGAUCAAGCUAGAGAAGAACAUCUUAGAAAUUAUACAAUUAUUUAAAAGGAAAAAAUAAUGGAAGAUUAGAAUGACUAUUAAAUAAAGGAGGAAGAUUUGUCAAAAUAUAUAAAUGAAUAAAAUUACUCAAAUCCUGAUUAAGAAUUUUAUUCCAAUAUAGAUUUCGAAUACAUGAGUAGGAGCCAAGACAAUAUAUUAUGA